AUGGGCAGCGCCGCCAGCAGAUCGCAGGUGCCCGACAAAUGGGACGCCUCGCGGAUCUCCUCGCAGCAGGGCAAACUAGCGGUGGUCACGGGCGGAAACUCUGGCAUCGGCUACGAGACAGCGCUGCAUCUCGCUCGCAAUGGAGCGCACGUGGUUUUGGCUUGUCGCGACAUCCAACGCGGCCGAGCAGCCGAGACCAAGAUCCGUGAGACGUUGGCGUCGGACCCCGACGCUGCCGGCUCUGUGGAGUUUAUGCAGGUGGACGUGAGCGACUUGGCCAGCGUGAAGCAGUUCGCCUCCGAGUUCAAGAAGACCCACGACCGCCUGGAUCUGCUCAUCAACAACGCCGGCGUCAUGGGCGGAGCGUACGCGAAGACGGUGGACGGCUACGAGCGGCAGUUCGCGACCAACCACCUGGGCCACUUCGCUCUGACCGCGCAGUUGUUCGACGUGGUGAAGCAGAGCGCCCCCGCGCGCAUCGUGAACGUGAGCAGCAUGGUGCACCGCAACGCCUUCUGGACCUUCGACGAGGACAACAUCAUGGCCGCGAGCGAGCGCAAUUACAGCCAGUGGUUCAACUACGCCAACACAAAGCUCUGCAACAUCCUCUUCACCUUCGAGCUGGACAGACGCAUGAAGGCCGCGGGGGUCGAGGGCGUCACCGCCGUCGCGUGUCAUCCAGGCACCACGUCCACCAACCUUCUCACGGCGCCAUCAACAUCCAACAGCAACUGGAUGUGGACGACGGCGUUCAAGCUGUGGACGCUCAUGCCGCGGCAGACCAUUGAGAUGGGGGCGUUGCCGACGCUCUACGCUGCUACAGGGAGCGACGUCAAGGGCGGGGACUUCUUCGGUCCCAAACACUUCAACGCCAUGUUCGGCCACCCAGUGCGCGAGACGCCGUCCAAGCUGAGUUACUCGACCAUCGCAGCCACCAAGCUAUGGACACUUAGCGAGCGGCUAGCACACCUCUCCUUCGACAUCAACAAGUAG